AAAAAAAACAAAUUUUCACCUAAAAAAAGUGAAAAGUGAAAAGUGAAAAUGACACUACGAGCUAUCAAAUUCUCUGACACACUUUUGAUCUUCAGCUGUUUCAAAACCUUGUGAACCAUAUCAACUCUCAUUUCAUAUUAUUAUCCAAUCCCUGUACUCACUCACUCCACAACUCCAUUCUCAACACAGAAAAAUUCAAACUUACCAUAAUUGCAAAAAAAAAUGCAAUCAUUAACUUCCUUUCUAGCUUUCUUCAUUUUCUUAACAUCAAUAUCACAACCUUCACAUUCAAACACAGUCCCUUCUUAUCCCACUCCAACUCAAUCCCCAAUAUGCAAACUAGACCUCUCCAACGAGCUCUUCGGCGGUGUAAACGUCGCCUGCGGCAACAACCUCGACCGAAGCCGAUGUUGUCCAGUCCUCGCGGCUUGGCUCUUCGCAGCUCACGCGCGAAGAGCCUUGGAGAUUUCUCCUCCACCACCGGAAAACGCCAUCGACCUUCCGAGAAUGCCGGAUGAUUCUCAGAAGUGUGUUAACUCACUCCAAGACUCGCUUCGAAACAGAAACAUUAUAAUCCCGACACCAAAUGCUAGCUGUGAUGCCGUUUUAUGUUUCUGUGGAAUCAGGCUUCAUCAAAUAAGCUCAUUAUAUUGUCCAACAGCUUUUAAUGUUUCUGAUUCUAGUACCACGGUUCGCAAUGUGUCUGAUUCUCAUAAAGCUACUCCUACUGCUGCGGUUCGUGAUUUGGAGAAGAAUUGCCGUAACUCUUCUUAUGCUGGUUGCACCAAUUGUCUUGCUACAUUGCAAAAGUUAAAAGUGCACAAGAAAGAGAGCAAGGAAAGUGACCGGGAGAGGAAGAUGUUUAACCGGGAUUGUCAACUGAUGGCACUAACAUGGCUGUUGGGGAAGAACAAAACAAUGUAUAUACCAACAGUAUCAGCGGUGCUACGUGCGGUAAUGUACAGUGCUCAUCCACAUGAUAUGAUGUGUAGUCCAGACCAGGAGAACAUGCCUUUGGCCGUUGAUUCGAUGCAGUUCGAUCACACGAGUAGUAGUGAGGCACAAUCAUGGCCGUUCAUGAAGUUGUUUUGGAGUAUGAUUGUUGUUAUGAUUGGGGUUGUGAUGUGAUUGCGAGGGUCAGUGUGUUAGUCACGUGAAACUAUAUUAUUGGAAAAGUGUAUAUGCAAAGAGACAAAGAGGUACGUUUCAGUUUUGUCCAUUUUUGCUGUAUGAUGGAAUAAUGCCAGCUUUGGGGCAAACAAGAAGAUGAGACAAUGAAGCUUGCAAGUUAGACAAAUGACAACUAUUCAAAGAAUGUGAUUUUACAUGUCACGGGUCUCGUAUAUGUUUGCUUAUUACUCUUUGGAUACCACAAAUGUUUGCUGUAUUUGACCAUUCACACCGAUCAAAAUUAUGCAUAUCUUUAAUUAGAA